AUGGUCAACCUUGUGGGCUACACCAACCCCAACUCCUACAUCAAUGUCAUCGUAGGCAUCUCCACCUGCCUUUCCUUCUAUGGCUACCUGCUCUUCUACAAGGCCACCAAGCCAGCCCUCAGUGGCUACGGCUUGCGCUCCAAAUUCGUCUGCAUCAUUUUGGGUUUGGUCCUCUGUGGCCUGCAAAGUGGGAUCCUGGAGACAAUGGCGGCAGUGGGGGCCAUCCCUUGCAACCCACCUCUCUCCCCCAUUGCCCGAUCCCAAAUGAUCUUCUACUAUUCGCUAGCUGUUGAGAUGUUUUUUAUUGGCAUAUUUGCCCAUCGCUCUUUUCGAAGGGCUGAACCACAACCGGACACCCAGCACAUCACUCAUCAUCAGGCCUCCCAGACAGAGGUGACUCCAUCCAGCUGCUGCAGCCAUGUGGAUGCUGCACCUAUGGAAAGAAUGAACUCUGGUUACCUGUUCAAUGAGUCUUUGUGUACAAUUGAGCAUUCCCCUCUGGACCAGUAUGAUUUCAUUGUGGAGCAACCUAUGAGCGGGCAGUGGGAAAGAUGCAGACCUGGCAAUCAGAAGAUGCAAGCACAAAGGGUGGAGGGACUUAAGGCAAACUUGCAAUAUCAAAGAACCAGAGCUGAACCACCUUCAAAUGGAAUCCAAGUCCAAGCCCAGGUUGUCAAAGUGGAUGCUGAUGGCAUCACUGUUGUGUAA